UCCACACCCAGAUUGUGACCAAUAGCUUAAAACCUCUGUUAGAAAAUUCAGAAAAAAAACGAAAAGAAAAGUAAAAAGAAUAAAAUAGACUAAUUAUUAAUUAAUUAAUCUAACUAAAUUAAACACUGGUAUUGUAUAAAAGAGAAUCAUCAAAAUUAAAAUACUACUAUCUUCAAUUCAAGAGAAAGGAAAAGAAACUCCCUCAUGACUCAUGACUCAUGACAUAAAACCCUACUUCUAGAGAGAGAAAGGAAGACAGAAAAAAAAAAAAACGGAAAAGUAAAAAGAAAGUUAGAGAGAGAGAGAGAGAGAGAGAGAGAGAAGCAAGCUAGAGAGAGAGAGAAGAUUUUAAUAUAGCUAGAGAGAGAGAGGGGAGGGGUGAAAAUGAAAGCAUUGCCGGCAAAGACGGGAAAGAGUGAGAAGGUGGUGGUGUUGUGUUUGAAGAAGAAGGAAGUGGUGUCUAUGGAGAUGCGAGCCACUGAGUCCAAUAGGGAAGGAACCUUCUCUGUACUCUUCCUUUUCCUCCUUUACAUUCUCAUUCUCUUCGUUCUUUGAUUUCCUUCUCUAUACACAUACAUAUAUAUAUAGACAGAAACACAAACUUAUAUAUUUAAUCAGUGAAUUUCGUUGAUCUAGGGUUUUUCUGUAACCAUUUUCCGGUUUAAUUUGUCCCAAAUCGGACAAUUAGUUGUUCUUGUUGGUGGUGGUACUGGGUUUUAGGGUUUCGUUUGCUGUUAGAGCUUGUACUGUUUGAUUUGAGGUGAAUCGUAUCAGAACUGGGUUUAGUUGUUGGUGUUCUUCUAGGUUUCAAACUCUGGAUCUUGUUUUUCUGAUGCUCGAAUCGACCUUGGGAUCUAAAUUAGCUGAUGUUGAUGAUUCUGGGAUCGGUUAGCUGGGUUUAGGGUUUGAGAGUCUCGAGCUGUUUUUUAAUUGCUGUGAUAGAUUCAUCAGGGAAAAAAGGGAAAAAAAAUACACUGUUCCUUUAUUGUUGUUGUUUAGAUUCAUUGUGUUUCCAUGUCUUUUUAUAAUUAUACGAUUCUAUGUAAAUAAAAUCCAUUUUGUGCGUAAUUUUAGUGGUAGCAAUCGGUUUCCUUUUUUUGCCAUAGUUUGUAUUGGAGGAGGAAUUUCAUUUCCUGUUUUAUUUGUUUACCAAAAAGAAAAAAAAAAGAGGGAAAAAAAAGAAAAACCAAGCUCAAAAUCACCCGUUUGAGUUUCGAAUCCGAGACCCACCAUUUUUCUUGUGGGUUUUGUAAUUUCAAUUUUUUUAAUUGGGUCUUUGAAUACCAGCAAGUCGGAGAAUUUCAAAGCAGUAGUUUUUUGUUAUUUUAGUUAUAAUUAGGAGGAGAAGAAGAUUGACAAAAUUUUUGUGUUGAGGAGAAGGAAUUUGGUGGUUUAACUUGGUGGGUCAUUGCUUUCUAUGGGAAUACCUGAUAGGUCACUCAUAGAUUUGAUUGAAAGAGUUUGGUCUUGGAUUUAUUGGGGAGCAAGCGAUCUGUCUUCUUUGUCUGAGAAACUCCAUAUGGAUGACAACAUUUGCAAAGCGUGUUGUGAGUGUGAGAUGAACUUUACAGUUACUUGCCUCAGGUAUUACUGCCAAAGCUGUGGUCGAAUGUUGUGUAGGAAUUGUGCGAGGGGCUAUGGCUCUUCGGUGAUCGAUGCAUCAGGAGAUAUGGGAAGCAUGACAGAGAUUGGGAUUCGUAUAAAGUCUUGCCGGUUUUGUUCCCUUGGGAAGAAAUAUAGUGAUAAAAUCUACCCAUCUGAGUCUCCCCGACAAAGCCCCGAACCACCCUCUUCGAGUUUCAGUGGCGAAAGAUUUGAUAGUUACUCUCCCCAUGCUACCAGAAGCGGUAUUACCUCAUUUGCAGUUCACCCUUCUCCAGUAUCGUCGAUCCACUGCUCUUUCAACAGGAGUGAUGAGGAAGAUGGAGAGGAUUCCAUGAAGCACUUUUUCAGCCCAUCUAGUGAAUACUGUCAUGACACUUCAGAUAUAGAUUCCAGUAGUGUUAGUGCUAGACAUGAGUUCUAUAGUUUUAAGUCAGUUGGAUCAAGUCCUUCAGACAGCCCCUCUAGGAUUCAUAUUACUUCCAAUAGAGUUGGGCAUUCUGUACAGAAGGAGCAAGGGGGAAGACCGAUAUCUCCGAACGAUGGUCCCUUUGAUCAAGAAGCUAUGGCUGUUUUUAGAAGGCCAGAGAUAGGGACUGAGGAUCCAGAUACUACUGAUGAUUGCGCUGAUGAUUUGUCAAUAUUUCGGGAUCAUUGUGAUAAGUUGCAAAAGCCAUUGGAUUUUGAAAACAAUGGGCUCAUUUGGUUUCCUCCACCACCUGGUGAUGAAGAUGAUGAAAUAGAAAGCAAUUUCUUUGCAUCCGAUGAUGAGGAUGAUGAUAUUGGAGAGUCAUGUUCAAUGUUUUCUUCCAGUAUCAGCCUUCCAAGCAUCUUCCCUGCAAAGGAGAAACAGAGUGAGGGGCACAAGGAACCGCUGAGAGCUGUGGUGCAGGGCCAUUUUAGGGCUCUUGUAUCACAGCUGCUGCAAGGGGAGGGUAUAAAGGUGGGUAAAGAAAACAGUGUGGAAGAAUGGCUUGACAUAAUUACAACAAUAGCUUGGCAAGCUGCCAAUUUUGUGAAACCAGAUACUAGCAGAGGAGGUAGCAUGGAUCCUGGUGAUUAUGUAAAGAUCAAGUGUAUAGCAUCAGGCAAUCCUAGUGAGAGCACACUCAUAAAAGGAGUAGUUUGUACAAAGAAUAUAAAACACAAGCGCAUGACAUCACAAUACAAAAACCCUAGAUUACUUCUGUUAGGAGGAGCACUCGAGUACCAGAGAGUUCCUAAUCAGCUGUCAUCUUUUGAUACAUUACUGCAGCAGGAAAUAGAUCAUCUGAAGAUGAUUGUGUCAAAGAUAGAAACCCACCACACAAACGUGCUGCUAGUAGAAAAAAGUGUAUCUUCAUAUGCCCAAGAGUAUCUAUUGGCAAAAGAGAUCUCUUUAGUGUUGAAUGUUAAGAGGCCAUUAUUGGAACGUAUAGCCAGGUGCACUGGUGCUCUUAUAACUCCAUCAAUUGAUCAUAUUUCUACGACACGGCUGGGGCACUGUGAGCUCUUCCGCUUAGAGAGAAUGACUGAAGACCUUGAGACUCAGUGCAAGAAGAAGCCAUCCAAAACCUUGAUGUUUUUUGAAGGUUGCCCCAGACGUUUGGGUUGCACGGUCCUGCUGAAGGGCUCAUGUCGUGAAGAACUAAAGAAAGUUAAACAUGUUGUUCAAUAUGCAGUGUUUGCAGCCCAUCAUUUAUCCCUGGAGACAUCUUUCCUCGCCGAUGAGGGUGCUAGUCUUCCUAAAAUGAAAGUGAAACCUUCAAUUGCUAUACCAGAGAGAACAGCUGGUUGUGAUGCCAUUUCAGUUAUCCUUGGUUCUGUUUCUCCCAACAAUUACCAAGCAGCAGGUUACAUGUCGGAUAUUAACGAAGGACCUGCGGUGUUCAAUUUAAAACUUGGUGAACAGGAAUCAUUGUGUGAUUAUCAGAAUCCUGGUCAUUGUUCUUCUCAUGACUCAAUGAAGUAUAGAGGUGAAAAUGUACUCUCUGAUGCAUCAUACAAUGAUCAUUUAGUAGCUAAUCUGGCUCUAGAGGAUUUAAGUGUAUCCACUGUACUUCAUUCUGAGAUAAGCAAUGAAUCCCAGCAUGAAGUGCGGGAAACCCUGGGUCAAGAAGAGAGGCUACCAGGGGAAAGUUAUACAAAAAUAAAGCCUGAAAGGAUUGAUGAAAUGGAAGCAUCCAGUGAAUAUUAUUCAGCUACGGACAGUCACCAGAGCAUAUUGGUAUCCUUUUCUAGCCGUUGUGUGCUAAAUGGAUCUGUAUGUGAACGCUCUCGUCUUCUGCGCAUCAAGUUUUAUGGCAGUUUUGAUAAGCCACUCGGGAGGUAUCUUCGCGAUGACCUGUUUGAUGAGACAUCUUCUUGUCGGUCUUGUAAAGAGCCAGCUGAAGCCCAUGUCCUAUGCUAUACCCACCAGCAGGGAAAUCUCACAAUAAAUGUUAGACGCAUUCCCUCGGUGAAACUACCUGGGGAGCGUGAUGGAAAGAUCUGGAUGUGGCACCGAUGCCUCAGGUGUGCGCAUAUAGAUGGAGUUCCUCCAGCAACCCGUAGAGUAGUCAUGUCUGAUGCUGCUUGGGGACUUUCUUUUGGAAAGUUUUUGGAACUUAGUUUUUCAAAUCAUGCAACUGCUAAUCGUGUUGCAAGUUGUGGCCAUUCUCUGCAAAGGGAUUGUCUCCGUUAUUAUGGGUUUGGGAGUAUGGUUGCGUUCUUCCGCUAUUCUCCCAUUGAGAUUCUUUCUGUUCAUUUGCCUCCUUCGGUGCUCGAGUUCAAUGGCCAUCUUCAACAGAAGUGGAUAAGAAAAGAGGCAUCAGAGCUGCUGACUAAGACGGAGGCCUUGUAUGCGGAGAUAUCAGAUGUACUAGAUGGCAUUGAACAGAAAUGUACAUCUUUUGGCCAUGAACCAUCUGAUACAAGUGAGUUACAUAGCCACAUUGUGGAGUUGAAAGACCUGCUUGUAAAAGAGAGAAAUGAUUACAAUGAUUUGCUUCAACCAGGUAGGGAAGAGAGACCACAAUUGGGUCAGACAGCAGUCGACAUUCUUGAACUUAAUCGCUUGAGACACUCCCUACUAAUAGGUUCGCAUGUUUGGGAUCGUCGCAUUUAUUCAUUGGACUCUCUCCUCAAAACAAGCUGUUCUAAUUCCAAGUUUACGCCGGUUGCUUUAUCUGAUGCUGAGCUGAAAGAGUGGAAAAGUGAUCCAUUACUUAAGGAUGGCAGCUUUGACUUCAGUCACGAGUUUCCCAGGAAUGAUAUGCAAUUAGAGCAGAAGGAGAACCCUAACUUGUCACCUUCCGAGUCUGUUGUUCCGGAAGACUCCAUGUUAACCUUAAGCCAUCGUUCCAGAGAGGAGGAAUUAUACUCUGAUGGGGAUAUUACAGUCAACAAGACAUCCUUGGAAAGGAUCCCCUCUGCUGCAUCCAAUCUGUCAGAUAAAAUAGAUUCUGCGUGGACAGGUACUAAUCAACCUUCCUUGAAGGCUCAGUUUCUUCGAAAACUGCAGUUGGAUGGACCUGAAGCUGGUUCUGGAAGAGAAAUGAAUCAAAAUGAUAGUCCACCUUUUAAAAGGCUACUGUCACCGACUAGAGUGUAUUCCUUCGAUUCUGCAGUAAGACUUCAGGAAAGAAUUAAGAAAGGAUUGCCCCCCUCUUCCUUGCAUUUAUCGACUCUCAGAUCUUUUCAUGCUUCUGGAGACUACAGGAGCAUGGUUAGAGAUCCAGUACAGAGGUCUUAUUCUCAAAUGUCGACAUGUGAGGCUCAAAAAUUAAAUUUUUCGCUCAAUUCACCGUCAUUUAUCUCCUCUGCAUCUCUUGUGCCUGAAGGGGCACGAUUGCUGCUUCCACAGGCAGGUCAAAAUAGUUUGGUCAUUGCUGUUUAUGACAGUGAACCCACCAGCAUUAUAUCUUAUGCCCUAAGUUGCAAGGAAUACGAGGAGUACGUUACUGGUAAGCUCAGUAGGCAUGGAGGCUGGAAUGCUGGUGCCAACAAAGGCUCUUCUGUAGCUUCUAGCUUUUCAUCAUGUCAGUCUUUUGGGUCCAUGGACUUGGAUUAUGUCCACUACAGAAGUUAUGGAUAUGAAGAUGCUUCUUCAACAACUGGAACAGUGUUUGCAGAUCCCAAGAACUCUCCUCAUCCAAGAAUAACUUUUGAAGAUGACUCAUCAACUGCUGGGAGCAAAGUGAAGUUGUCUGUCACCUGUUAUUUUGCAAAGCACUUUGAUGCACUUAGAAAGAAAUGCUGCCCUAGCAAAGUGGAUUUUGUAUGUUCCUUAAGCCGUUGCCGGAGAUGGAGUGCACAAGGUGGAAAGAGCAAUGUGUAUUUUGCCAAGUCAUUGGAUGAGAGAUUCAUUAUAAAACAAGUGACAAAGACUGAGUUGGAAUCUUUUGAGGAAUUUGCACCUGAGUACUUCAAAUAUUUGACAGAUUCACUUGGUUCAGGAAGUCCAACGUGUCUUGCUAAAAUUCUCGGUAUUUAUCAGGUCACUGUCAAGCACCUGAAAGGUGGCAAGGAAACAAAAAUGGAUUUGAUGAUCAUGGAGAAUCUAUUCUUCAAAAGAAAUAUCUCAAGGGUUUAUGAUCUUAAGGGCUCUUCACGAUCUCGCUACAACUCGGAUACUACAGGGGCAAACAAAGUACUGCUUGAUAUGAAUCUUUUAGAAGCACUACGAACAGAUCCCAUAUUUCUUGGAAGCAAGGCAAAGAGAAGCCUAGAGAGAGCUGUUUGGAAUGAUACAUCCUUUUUAGCAUCUGUUGAUGUAAUGGACUAUUCUUUGUUGGUCGGGGUGGAUGAGGAGCGCAAGGAGCUAGUGUUGGGGAUCAUUGAUUUCAUGAGACAAUACACUUGGGACAAGCAUUUGGAGACAUGGGUGAAGGCUUCUGGCAUACUUGGCGGUCGGAAGAAUGCUCCCCCAACCAUUAUUUCUCCAAAACAAUACAAGAGAAGAUUCCGAAAAGCGAUGACAACCUAUUUUCUUACGGUACCCGAUCAAUGGACAUUUUGAACCUGCAUUGUUGCAUUUUUUUCCCCGAACAUUGUUAAUUAAUAAGGAAAAGGGAGGAAAAUAUAGAAGAGAGAAAUGGGGAGCUAUAUAAGAUAUCCCUUUCUCAAUUAUUUUGUACAUGGUUAUUGGGGGAGAAGAGGUUUAUAUAAAAAGGAGGGAACGAAGUUCCUUGGGAAAUUCCUUUGUACUUUUUGUACAUGUACACAAGCUUUCCUUGGAAAGAAGUAGUUUCUUUGAGUCGCUUGGACUACAAAUAGACAUUUACUAUUAUUAAUAUUAAUUUUAUUUUUCUUCUC